ACAAAAUAGAUAAAUUACAAGAUAAAAUUGAUGAAUUACAAGACAAAAAUAAUGUUUUAGAAAAAAACAAAAAAGAAUCGAAACAAGAAAACAAAAAAUUGAGUCAAGAAAAUAGUAAAUUGCAUGAUUUAUUAAGCGUAAAGAAUCAAGAAGUGAUAAACUUAAAGAAAAAGAUUAUGAAUAUAGUUGAAGAAUAUUAUCAAAAAUAUGAUCAAGAUUCUAAUACUGUUGAAGCUAGACCCUCUAAAAUUGCUGAAAUCAUUGAAAGAAAAAAAUAG